AUGGUGUUUGGAAUCGGUCCGGGAAUCCUAAAUCGGUCCAGAUAUUCGGAAUCGCCUCGGGGAUCCGGAAUCGUGUUCCUUUUCUGUAUACCUGAACAUUACAGUUCGGUUAUCUAUUCCGGAUACCCUGAUAUUUGCCAGGAGGAACCAACAACCCUUUUAACAACAUCAACAAACACCAGCAAUCAUAUUAAUUUGAAUAGAAAUUUUAAUUCUGAAAAUACUAAUUCUGAUAUUUUUCGUUUAUUUAAUAAUAACAAAACAACAAAAAAUAACAGAAAUUAUACAAAUAAUUAUUCUGAUGAACAAAGAAGCAGAGUAGCAACUUUACAUUUAUUAUCAACUUAUGGAAGAAGAAUAAAUGAAGGAGAGGAUAAAGAAGUAUUAAAAAAGGAACCUCUUCUAUCAACAACAACCAGUACUUGUACAAAAGGGGGAGGUGUUAGUUCUUCAAACCCUUCAAUGUGUAUUCCACAGCAACAACAUCAUCAACCUUCAGGUUUAAUCCAUCUUGGACCUGGAAUUUCUCCUACCUGCCCAAGACAUGGGCGCGCAGCUCAAAUGUUGUUGGCAGCAGCUGCAGCAAAUCGUUCAGGAGGGAUUGGGGUUGAUGGAGGAGGUAUCAGUGGAGGCAACAUACCCUCAACAACAAUAACAACACCUCCAGCCCUUCAAAUGAAUUUAAACAACAAUAAUUCUAUAAUGUCGACUACUACACAAAAAAUACAAGCAAAUAUUAACAAUAAUAAUGGCUCGUCUUCAUUAAAUGGAGGUGCUUUUGAUGGAAAUGGAAGUAAUGGACAGCAAAAACAAAGGACAAUUGAAGAAGUUCAAGUUUAG